AUGUUCCAGAUAAUCUUCUCACUCCCGCCGCGGUCCACCGUGCUCUGGGCCAACUCAUGGAUCACAAGGCUCAGGCGCCCAGGAAGUGGAGGAGUGGAGGGCGGCAAGGCUGGCCGGCGGCAGUGGAAGGCGCCGCCGAACUCCGCCCGGGAGCCCCGCCGCCGACCUCCGCCUGCGAGCUGCGCCGUCGACCUCCGCCCGCGAGCCCCGCCGCCGACCUCCGCUGCGAGGCUGCGCCGUCGACCUCCGCCGGGAGCCGCGCCGCCGACCUCCGCUGCGAGCCGCGCCGCCGACCUGCGCCGGGAGCCGCGCCGCCGACCUCCGCCGGCGAGCCGCGCCGCCAACCUGCGCCCCGAGCCGCGGCCAGCGCUGCUGCUGUGUGGGGCGGCGCCGCUCGUCGUCCCCUGCACUCGCCCAGCCGCACGCCCAGCCGCACGCCCAGCACAGGCCCGCCUCUCGCCCGUGUGCAGGAUGAAUUCGGCUCCGGACUGCCCUUACGAGCUCGAAUUGACGAAUACAUUUAGCUUAGAUAUUGUUGUUCAAGGAUUUGUGCUCAAAGAACCGACCGGUAGGAAAUCAUAUGUGAAGGGGAAAACAAUUAGGUGGAAUGUGAACUCACAUAAUUUCACAAUGGAUGUGCUCAUGGAUGGGUUAAGUUCCGAGUUGAGAGUUGGCAGGGAUCAGAGUAUCACUGUGUGGUAUUUUAACAUGAUAAUGGCUCAAGAUGUUAAACUAACUCAGUCCGAUGAUUUUCAUCUGAUGUUUGAUAUGUAUAGAGCAGAGAGGAGGCUUGCACUUGUUGUUGUUGUCGUUGACAACUCAUGUUCUGAAACUUUAGACCCUAUGCUUGACAAUGAUGAUUAUGUCCCUGAGGCAACAAUUCCUGAUAAUGAUGUUCUUCUGCUGGGUCUCCAAGGCUGUCCUCUAACUCCUAGUAAAAAUGGAGCAUCUUAUUCAACCUCGCCACUAAAACAAUCUGCUCAAGUGGUUCCAUCUACCUCAACUAUAGAAACUGAUCCAUUUGACAUAGUUGAGGAGUAUGUAGGAGUAGAUGAUGAGUACAUGUAUGAUGUCCAUGUGGAUGUCUCAGCAACAUGUGUUGAUAAGGGCGGCGACGUUCAGGGGCUGCGCACUAUUUUUCCACUUGGAAGAACAGCUAAUACUUGUUUCUUUGUUGGUAAUGUACAGCUGACAGCCCGAUUGUAA